CAAUUAUUUCUUUUUCCUAAUUCGGGAUUCCGGAUAAACACCAGGCGAUAGUGGAGACCCCACUCUUCAAUUUGGCGGCGGAUUAACAUUUUGAUUUGCCCCUCCAUUCUUGGAGCAUUCUUGGAGGGGCUUUUUGUGGAGCUUGUCAAUAUCAUAGGAGGUGGGAUGAUGUGUUAUCAUAGCAGGUAAGACAAUAGUUACUCUCUUCCCUAUUUCAAAUUCUCUUCUUUCUUUUCUUCUCGAUCUGAAGGCUACUUAUCCACAAUACACUUCUUUCAUAAUUUCAAUUCAGUUCAGAGUCAAACAAAAUGGUUUACCCUGAUUCUUGGAAGGGCUUUCAAAUUGAGGAUCCGGCCAAAUGGACGGAUUUCAAACUCAAUGAGUUGAAGCCUAAACCGUUCGGUGAUUUUGAUGUUGACAUUAAGAUUUUGGCUUGUGGGGUUUGUGCUAGUGAUUUGCAUACUGUCUCUGGGGGGUGGGGAGAGCAGAAAUUCCCGCUUUGUGUUGGACAUGGUAUGUGGCUCCUUUUUCUGCUUACUUACUCUGUCCCAAUUGUGUUCUUUCGUUUUUGGGGGGCUCAAUGUCAGCCAAAAUAGAGGCUAAUUGCUGAAUGUAGAAAUUGUCGGUACUGCGGUGAGGAUUGGGCCAAAGGUCACGCUGAUUAAAGAGGGGUCGCGUGUGGGUGUUGGCGCGCAAUCGUAUUCUUGUUUGGAGUGUAGACAGUGUAAGGCGGAUAACGAGACAUAUUGCAAGCAUCAGUUGGAUACUUAUGGUGCGGUGUGGCCAGAAACAGGAAUCGUUUCUCAGGGUGGCUACUCCGAAUAUGUGAGAACGCAUGAGCAUUGGUAAGUUUGGGGUUUUUUCUAUUCUGCUGUAGAGUUGGGGAGGAUGCUUAGUGGGGGGAGUUGAAUUGAAGGUUGCCCUCAGAACUGUGAAUUCAGAUCGAGUGGGAACUCUGAAUAUUCAAUAGGAAAGCUAACAUAUCCCCUUUCCAGGGUCUUUCCAAUCCCUGAUGCUCUCGCGACGAACCAAACAGCACCAAUUCUUUGCGCCGGCCUGACAGCCUACAGUCCUCUCGUCCGUAACGGCGCUGGUCCAGGAAAGAAGGUUGGAAUCGUGGGACUUGGUGGGAUUGGACAUUUCGGAUUACUAUUCGCAAAAGCUCUCGGAGCAGAAACCUGGGUCAUCUCACGAUCACACUCCAAAGAAGCGGACGCCAAAGCCAUGGGGGCUGAUGGGUUCAUUGCCACCCAAGACAAAGACUGGAAUCUUCCACAUGAAAUGACAUUCGACCUCAUCGUCAACACGGCCUCUUCCUCAGAAGGGUUCGAGCUUGAAAAGUACCUCUCGAUGUUGGAUGUUCAUGCUAAGUGGAUCAGUGUUGGACUUCCUGAGGGUGAGGGACAAGAGGUCAAGACUCAGACGUUCAUGAAUAACGGGUGUUUGAUUGGAGCUAGUCAUUUGGGGUCGAGGAAGGAGGUUCUCGCUAUGCUAAAGCUGGCGGCGGAUAAGGGGAUCAAGAGUUGGGUUGAGGAGAUUGAGAUAGGGAAGGACGGAUUGAAGAGUGCGUUGGAAAGGCUGCACGCCAAUGAUGUGAAGUAUCGAUUUACGCUUACAGGGUAUGACAAGUGUUUUGGAGCU